GUAAACUACAAUUCGCCAUGGGGUUCACACAGCUGUUCGGAGAGUAGAAUGAGUAGCUAUAUAGAAGCAUAUAGAAGCUUCAUUUCCCUGCUUCUUCGCUCUUCACGUCCUUCCUUUCUCAGAACCCGAUGGGUCCAGAUUAUUCGACCUUUUCCAUCAGAGAUGCCCUGGGUCCUCAAGUGGUUUCUUCGCAGCUUUCUUUGAUGACGGCCACCGUCGUUCCACAAGAAUACACUUUUGCGGAGCAAGAAACCUUUCUGCUACGCAAUCAGGCGGAUGCACCGCAAAAUUCAGAUGACGUCGACACCGCGAGUUGUCCGACGCAUCACUCCUUCAAUCCAAGUCCACAACACGCACAUUUAAUUUCUCCGCUACUUUCAUUUUCACAUACGCCUGAAGAUUAUGUUCCUACCCACCCCGGCUUUGUUCACAAUACGUCAUCUGCUCAUGGUUAUCAGGAACAUGACUUGCAAGAACCGUUCGUUGCAUGCCAUCAGCUCCAGUUGCCUGAUUCAACAUAUCCCUUCUCGGAGAUAGCCUUGGCACCUGCGGGACAGCAAUCCAGUGAGGACCAGCUCACCGAAGCUGACAAUUUCUCGGGGACCGCAGGUCAGGGCCAUCAAUGUGACGCACUGUCCUUGGACACUACCUUCCCUCAUUUCGACUCAAACAUCGACGAUGACAACGCGAUCACUCAGACUACGUCGCCCCCCUUUUCUCUGGAUAGUAUUGACAGCGCACGCCCUCCCUGGAACUACCAUCAUAUUGAAUUGCAUCAUCAUCAUCAUCCUACACAUCAUGUAGCCUCAUUUCCUUUCCCUGUUGACUACUCGUUUCCAGGAUCUUAUUCCCUUGAUACAAUUAGCGUCCACCACUUGUCACAGUCAAACACUCAAGAAGGCCAGCAGCUUGACAGUCUCUCGUGGGAUUUCCCCUGGACUAUCCCGGCCAUCACAUUACAUUAGGACGUCUAUGCAGCUACCACCUCGCCCUUAUUCAGCAGAUCCCCCACGUACCGGAGGUCUGGGGAAAAGAUUGAGGAGAACGUCGUCAGAUUCUGAUCUUGCAGAUCGAGAAACCACGACAGCCGCACUGCCACAUGCACGCGAUUCGCGUU